CGAAAAGCAAACAUUUCAAUUUCAAACGAUGAUGUUUCAUUAAAAAUGUCUUUCACGUUUCACAAACAUCUAGUAGCACAUUAUUUAACAUUAAACGUUCCUUUUGUUUGAAUAAAUCUUCCUCGAGAAAUAUUAUUGGCUUUUGUGUGGUGGGUGGGCAACAGAUUGUGUAUUUUUUUUUUUGGGAAAUUUUUGAUUAUUCUACUUUAUAGUGAAACUGGGUAGUGUAGAAGAAGUGAUUUCUCUAUUUGAAUAGAAUCAAUUAGACUGCCAACUGAUAAAUUAUGGAAAAAAAGGUCCUAAUUUUCCAAGCCUUUUUCGUCCUGUUUGUAAUAUGGAUAUUGAAGAAAUACCGGAACUACUUUAGAGCCGUUUUGUUGGCUUUCAAAUUACCUGGACCAGCCGCUGUGCCUAUUAUAGGAAAUGUUUUGUACGUCAAAGACACUGAAGCUUUCCUAGGUUUAGGUAUAAAAAUGGCCUCGUACGUGCCAAUCUUCAGAGCCUGGAUAUUCUUCGUACCUUUUUUUCUAGUAUACGAACCUGAACACUUGAAAGUCAUCUUGGCCAACACCAAAGUGUCCGACAAGAACUUUUUCUAUGCCAUCAUGCACAAUUUUAUCGGUGAUGGAUUGAUUACCAGCACAGGUGAAAAAUGGAAGAAACAUCGUAGACUAAUCCAGCCUCAUUUCCAAAUCAAUAUCCUGGAAAGUUAUUUUGAAGAUUUCGUUGCGGCCUCUGAUCAAAUUUUAACUAAAUUAUCCGGGCAAAGACACAUUCAGAUUACUAGAACAAUAAAUUCUUGUAUCCUUAAUAUUUUACACAAGACUAUUUUGGGUGUGGAUUUAAAAUCUGAAUUUGACUCGCCAUUUAGGAGAGGCGAAUUGCUCUUGCUCAAAAGAAUACUAAAACCGUGGCUUUUGUUGGAUUCUGUGUUCAAGCGCUCAGAAAUGUCAAAAAACGAAUCCAAACAAUUAAGCAAUUUACAUCAAUAUGUUAAACAAGUAUUAGAUGAUAGACGUGUGGAAAUAUCUAAGGGCUCCAAAACAAAUUGCGUUCUAGACAGGUUAAUUGAAAUUUCCGAAAAUGAUGAUUUUUCUGAUGAAGACAUUGUAAACGAAGCAGUGACAUUUAUGUUAGCAGGUCAGGACUCAGUGGGCGCUGCAAUAGCGUUUUGCCUUCACUACCUGGCCAAAUACCAAAAUAUUCAAGACAAAGUUUACAAGGAAAUUGAUCAAAUUAUUUGCGGGAAUUAUGCUCAAAGUAUCCAGCUUGAUCAAGUGAAUCGGAUGCAUUAUUUGGAACAAUGCCUCAAAGAGACUAUGAGGCUGAUGCCUAGUAUUCCAUUGGUAGCUAGAGAACUUACAACAGAUGUAACUUUAGAAAAUCACACAAUUCCUGCAGGAACAAACAUAUUUAUAUCACCGUACGCAACUCAGAGGCUCGCGCACAUUUUUCCAAAUCCUCACGAAUUCGAUCCAGACAGAUUUUCACAGGAAAAUAUCAAGAACAUACAUCCCUAUGCGUAUUUGCCAUUUAGCGCGGGACCAAGACACUGUAUAGGCUACAAAUUUGCUUAUCUAGAAAUGAAAACCAUUAUUGCUACGAUUAUUAAAAAUUACAUUUUGGCCCUUUGCCCUUGCCACGAAAAUUUAACUCCCAGUUAUAGAGUUAGCCUCAGAGCUAAAGGAGGAGUUUGGUUAGACAUGAGACUAAGAAAUAGUGUAUUAUAAUUAUUGUGUAUAUUUAUGUAAAUAAAGUUUUGAAUACAUAAAAGUUUAUUAAUACAAAAUUUGAAAACAAUUAAUUAGGUCAUUGUACCGAAUACUGGAUUGUGCCUGCAAAUACUGGGUCCAUACUCUUCAUAUUGCUCCUUGGUAUGGCACACAGUGUAAAAUUCAGGCUAAAUUAAUUUUAGUUUGAUUAUAUUUAAAAAAAAAAACAUCAAAAAACAAUUCUUACCGUUGAUGCCAACAUGCUACCCCCAAACCAAACAGCAUACCUUUGCAUGUGAUGCGAUACCACUUGCACAUCAAUAGGUUUAGGCUAAAAAAUAAUUAUUCAAUAAACCAUCAAAUCAACAAACCAAUAAUUCUCACAAUUAAUCUUCCUCCUCCUAAAGUUUCACUCAAUUUCAAACGAGCAUCGACAGUCUUUUUGAUGUCCCUUUGCAGCCUCCUACCAAAAUCUUUAAACAUUGUAGACCCUCCAGAUAAUACGAUAUUGUUAUACAAAGGCCUACGAACGUCUAUAGGACAAUUUUGAAUUACAUCGUCCACAAUUUGUGACAGUGGAAUGUUAAAAUCAGGAUUAGAAAACUCUGGGUGGAAAAAAAUUUCAGGUCCCAAAAAUCUUUCGUAGCCAACAUCAACGGAAAACAAUUGUUUGGUGAUCGCGUUCAUUCCUUCGUAUCGUUUCAUCCAUUUGCCCGGAUCGGAAUCGUAUUUGGCGAAUUCUUUCGCAAUGUCCGGACAAAUGUAACAGUAUUUUUCCUUAAUGGCUUUGGCAGUUUCUAGAGACUGUUCAGGAGGAAUCCCUAUUUCUCUUUCUCUUAGAAGAGAUUGAAUAAAAUACGUUAUAUUACGUCCCGCUAUUGGAAUGUGCUUAAUACAGCUUCCAAUGACGUAA